AUGCAACCCGGUUUUUGUAUUAAUGGGACAGUUGAUCCACAUUCAUCACAAGAAUUCCAUGAUAUUCUAGUUGAUAUGAACCCUAGUGGUAUAGCAUUAGGAUGUAUAUUGUUAAUAGGAUGUUGCUUUUCAGUAAUUCCACAACAUGUAAAGAUUAUAAAAACCAAAUCAGUUAUAGGACUUUCUUUUCUAUGGAUGUUUUUAGGUAAUAUGAACCAAUUUGGUGGAUUUGUAAAUAUGUUUGUUUUAAAAUAUCCACAAAUUCAAGCUUGUACAGUUUUAGGUUUCUCAACAUGUGGACCUUCAUUAUUAUCAUUAUUUCAAUCAUUUGGUAUUUGGCUUCUUUCUUUUCCAAUUUAUAUACUAUAUUUAAUAUAUGCUCCUAGGGAUUUAAAUUUAAUUGAAAAAGAAAAAAUGGUGGAAUUAGCAGCGGCAAAAAAAGAAUAUAAAUAUUCAAAAAUAUUUUUUACAAUAUUAGUAUUAUUUAUAGUUGUGGUUGGAACUAUAGUUGCUGUGUUUUUAUCAGAUUAUGUCGGAGUUUGUUCACAUACAACAUAUAUAUUUGGUUAUAGUAUGGGUAUAUUAUCCACAAUAGUAACAUUUAUACAAUGGUCACCACAAAUUUAUAAAACAAUUAGGGAUAAAGUAGUAGGUUCAUUUUCAAUUACAAUGUUGUUGAUUCAAGGGCCAGGUUCAUUAGUAAACUUAUACUUUUUAAUAUUUGUCUCAAAGGAAAGUGUAUCAACAUGGUUAUCGUAUUUAUGUUCAUCAAUUCAAAUUUUUACUCUUUUAGCAUUAUUGAUAUUUUAUGAUCGUAGAAAUAAAAGAAUUAAAAGAGAAUUACAAGAUGCUUCAAAUGAUGAAGAACAAGAUUUAUUAUACUCAAGUUCACCAAGUGUAUCUGUACAGAAUUAUAAAGAGACUCAUCCAUUACUUCCAAAUAAUAGCGGCCCAAAAUCAUUUAAAACAACAAAUAGCUAUAAUAAUUUAAUUUUAGAUAAUAAUAAUAAUCUUUCUCCUUCCUUAUCUCCUCAAAAUAAUAGCUUUUAUAAUAGCUUUUAUGACCAAGAUGAUGUGGACGACGAUAAUGAAAAUAUUAGCUCCAAAAGCCAAAAUAAUAUAAUAUUAUAACAAAAAUAAAUAAUAUUUUUUAAAAAACCCAAUAAAAGAUUUUUAUUUUUCCACAUCAUGGUGUCUUUUAACUUUAAAAAAAAUUAUUUUGAAAAAAAAACUAAAUAUCUUUUC